AUGGCGGCAAAGCUGGCGCGCUUCCUGGAGGGGCCGGAGGAGGAGGGUGUACUGCAGAUCCCGGUGACGGUAUCUGUCCCAGGGCAGCCCCUGCCCGUGGCCGUCACCCUGCGUGCCCAGGUCACCACCAGCGACUUGACCAUCACACCCCAGACCCUGGACCUCGGCCGCGUGCCGCUGGGCGAGCGCGCUGGCGCGGCGCUGUUCGUGACUAACCCGGGGAAGCUGCCGCAGUCCUUCUCGUUUGGCUGCGGCGGCAAGGGCGCACCGCGCGGCGUGGAGGUGUCACCCGGUCACGGCUACGGCACCGUGCUGCCUGGUGAAACCGUUCGGCUUCUGGUCAGCUUCCGCCCAUCCAUCCCCGGCCCCCAGUCCUUCGCGCUGCGCUGCUCCACGCUGGCGGGGCGGGUGUUCCCGGUGCAGGGGCGCUGCCACGGCGUCGAGCCGCCCUUGGCGCUGUCGCACAAUGUCGUACGGUUCCCUGCCACCGCUGUGGACGACACCAGCUGCGUGUCACUGGUUCUUUCCAGCCGCAGCUCCGACGUCGUCCAUGCCUUUGAGUUUGGCGUCCCAGUGGACAGCUGGCUGCAGGUGACGCCGCGUGUUGGAUCCCUCGCGCCGGGCCAGAGCGUCCGGUUGCAGCUAGAGUACAGCCCACCGGCGGCACUGCUGGCCCAGCAGCAGCAGCAGCAGCAGCAGCAGGCGUUGCAGGGGCAGGCGGGGUCUGCCGCGCCCGUCUUGGCGGCUGCCGCUGCCUGCCUUCUCGAGGAGCGCUCAGCAGGGGACACCGCCUUGUCGGGCGCUCAGGACCAGCAGCGGCCCAGGGACGGCGACGGGCGGUGGCGCCAGUCGCGGGAGUGGGUGGUGCCCUGCUUCGUGCGGCCCCUGAGAAGCGGGGGCUCAGACCCGCCAUUGGACGCAACUAUCCACGCGACCGGCAGCAGCAGCAGCGGUAGCGCGGUGCACAGCAGCGGCGGCGGCGGCGGCGGCGAGGGGUUGGGGGACGGCUCCAGCGUGCUGCACCUGGGCGUGUCUGUGUGCGCGGUGGCCCCAGAGCUGCUGCUAGACCAACCCCCACUGCCGCGGCCAGACGGCAAGAACUAUUACACACUCGACUUUGGCCAGCUGGCGGGGAUGCGGGUGGUGCAUGAGGUGCCUUAA